AUGCCUCUCUCGCAGCAGCGUGGUCUGAAAUUCUGGCUCAUUAUGGCGGCUCUGAGCGUUUCGGGCCUACUGACGGCAAUGGAGUCCACCGUCGUCUCGACAGCACUCGCGCAUAUCACAGCUGAGCUAGGUGGUAGAGAGAAAUACAUAUGGGAGUUACGGAACCAGGUAAUGGCAGCAUUCACCGAUGUCUUGAAGCGGACAUGGCAAGUGGGAAUCGCGUUGGCCGGCGUGGGAGUCCUUCUGGUCCUGUUUGAGGUGCAAGUAGAGCUGCGCUAG